CUUCAAACAAUAACAUCAACAUGAUCCCGGAGGCAUCUAAAAAUUUAUCAUUUAACGUUGAAUUAAAAUUGGUACCCAACCAUUCAAGCAUCGAGAACUGUUCCCAGAAGUGCCUUCUACCUAGUGAGAAAUUCCCAGCGGGUGUCGCUCCCGGUAGUCUGAGCAUUUGCACUAUAAACUCCAAACAGUAUGUUUGCUUCCUAUUCCCCAUGAACAAUAAUUUUCCGGUGGGAUAUUGUGCAAUAGACAAUUGUGUUUCAAUUAAAAAGUCUUCUGAAUGUCCUGAAAAUGUAGCAAACACCCUAACCCAUAUAAGAAUAAUCGAAACACCAGUGGAACCUUUCCGUGAAAUUAAAGUGAAAAUCAAUCUAAACAAAUCAUUGUUCGAAACCUCCCAAAGAUUGACUCGUUCCAAACUAGCCCAAGCAGCAAGGACUUUCCUUUCUCUAUACUCAUUUACGGCAAACUCAACCAUAGAACUUUAUGACCGCGCCAAUAAUUUCGGGAUUGAUUCUAUCGAAAUUUUAUCUGGAGAGUGUGAUUCGGUCGUAGGCAAUAUUAGCGCUGAAACAACAUUUUUCGUAGAAAGUAUUCGAUACCUUGGAACUGCAUCCUUUUUAAAUACCGUCGAAAUAGCUGGAGUCGAUAAUGUGAUAUGUGAACUGGACAAAGUAGCUACGGAAUGUUUCCUACACGGAAACUGGAAAAGUUCAGGAAUCAAUCAAUCCCACAAUGCUUUGAUCGUCGGCCCAACAGGUUGUGGAAAGACUUCAAUUUGCCAUAAUUUCGUGAUAAAAAAUAAAUGCAAUGUGUUCGCGAUUCAGUCCAGUGAUAUGAUGAAACCUCUCCCCGGCGAAACUGAGGAGGCGCUAAGAAAGGUCUUUGCGGAUGUUAGGUAUUUUGUGGAGCAUUUUCAACCGUUGGACUUGACCGUUAUCCUCAUCGAAAAUAUCGAUCUCCUUUGUCCAGCAGAUGUUAAAACAUCAAAUGAUAAGUCCCAAACAGCAAGGAUAUGCGGACAAUUCACAUCUUUAGUAGAUGAUUUGCAACACAUACAAAAUGGAAAUGUUUUGAUUUUGGCUACUACGUCGAAUUUGGAGUUGGUCAACACCGCAUUAAGAAGGCCGGGACGAUUUAAAAACGAAAUUUUUAUCCAUCCACCGAAUGAAAGAGAGAGGGAAGAGAUUUUGAUAUUACUUCUACGAAAGGAAAGCGAAUUAGGAAGUGAAGAUAAGGUGGAGCUAGCUAAGUGGGUAGCUUCACGGACACCUGGAUAUGUAGGAGCAGAUUUGGUGUCGUUGGUUAAUUUUGCUAAUCGAGAAAGAUGUAAAGGAGGAGCGGUAUCCAAUAAUUUAACUUCUCUACAAUUCUACAAGCAGUUAUUUACCGAUGCUCUUAAAAUGGUUAAGGCGAGUUCCCUUCGUGGUACUGAUGUCUCUAUAAUAUCAAGCGAUCUUACAUUUGAUCAUAUUGGUGGAAUGGAAUCACUGAAAAAAUCAUUGUCCGUGUCGAUUUUAUCUUCUUUCAAAAACCCAGAAGCGUUUCGCCGAUUUGGAUUGCAACCACCUAAAGGCAUUCUUCUGUAUGGCCCUCCAGGAUGUGCAAAAACGAUGAUCGCUAAGUGCUUGGCGAAUGAAGCGAAUAUGACAUUCAUUGCAACCUCAGGAGCAGAAAUCUAUUCACCUUAUGUUGGCGAUGCGGAGAAAUUCAUCCUUAAAAUAUUCAAUACAGCAAGAAAAAAUGCACCGUGUCUGAUAUUUUUCGAUGAAAUAGAUGCUCUUGUCGGAAGUCGUCAAAUUGGCACCUCAGGCAGUGAUGUACAAACUCGUCUCCUCUCCACUUUAUUAACUGAAAUGGAUGGAAUCGGGAUGAAAAUUCAAUCAGCCAACAGAUCAUCCAGUAGUCAAAUUCUUAUAGUAGGGGCAACAAACAGACCGGAUGUUCUAGACAGCGCCUUAAUGCGACCUGGAAGAUUUGAUCGUCUCAUCCAUGUUCCCGCUCCAGAUCUGAUGUCAAGACAGAAAAUUCUCGCUGUUUACGGAAAGAAAAUGCCUUUUUCAUCUGAUGUGAAUAUCGAUGAGCUUGCUCAAGAAACAGCCAACUUUUCUGGUGCUGACUUGUAUAACUUAUGCAAUGAGGCGGCUUUGAACGCGAUCACGAAGAAUUUAGAAGCAGAUGUAAUCAGCAUGGAAGAUUUCAGGAAUGUCCUAAGAGAAAUGAAACCUUCCCUGACAGUACAACAAAUAAAUUGGUAUAAAAAUUUCGAAAAACAGCAUGUAUGUAUUUAAGAUUUAAUAAAAAAUC